GAGAGAGAGAGAGAGAGAGAGAUCCAAAUAAACCAACACGCAGCUUCACUUUGGUUGCUUUGAGGAGGUGAUAAAGUAUCCUCGCAGAAUUUUACUGAAGAGAGAUGGACAGUAACGGCGGAGGAAAGGAAAAAUGUGGUCGAUAACGUUUUAACCCGAGGGUUUUGACGACUAGUGGGGACAGGUGAUGUAAAAACACGGUACCAUGUGAAUGGUUGAGGAACAUGAAGCCUGCACACAAACUACUGUUCGUCCUGUGUCCCAUGCUGGUCUUGGGGUUCAUCUAUUACUCUUCUGGGAAGCUCCGUUUGCACGUGUGGGGCCAGAAGCCACGUCCAGAAUCAGGAAAGUUGAGAGACAGUAAGGUGAAUGAGAUCUGGGACCAGAUCCAUAAACAUAGUCAUUAUGAUAAAGAUGUGACGGCCACAGUAAAAGUCAGUAAAGUCACUAAAAAUACUGUCAAAUCCCCAGUGACCAAAGAGCCGGUGGUGGAGGGUCCUGUCUCCGUGGGACGAACAGUAGGCUCAGUGUUUGAUAAGCAAGGGUUCUUGCUGAAUCUGGACUCAAAGCUGCCUCCGGAGUUGGUGUACAAGUAUGGAAACCUCAGUGAAGGAUCCUGCAAACCUGGCUAUGCAGCUGCCAAAAUGACUGCUAUCUAUCCAAAGUUUAGUAAGCCAGCUUCCAUGUUUCUGGACCGAAACUUUAAGCGGCUUGCAAAAGUUACCAACUAUUUACCUCCAUUUGGAUUUAAAACACAAGAAAGAAUCAUAGAUGUCAUAUUAUCUUCCACAAAGAAUUAUGGACUGGGUCCAAAUUUGGAUAGUUUGAGUUGUAAAAGGUGUGUAAUAGUAGGUAAUGGCGGUAUCCUUAGCAACAAGUCUUUAGGAUCCCGCAUCGACGAAUACGAUGUUGUAGUCAGACUCAACGAGGCCCCAGUGAAUGGUUACACCAGAGAUGUAGGUACUAAGACCACCAUGAGGAUAACCUAUCCCGAGGGGGCCAUCCAGAAGCCUGAACGUUAUGAAAAAGAUUCCCUCUUUGUCUUCUCUGCUUUCAAACCUCUCGACUUUAAAUGGUUGAGACAGAUGGUCAACAGAGAGAAACUGCAGGGAACAGAGGGCUUCUGGAAGUCUGUAGCGCACUAUGUGCCCCGGGAUCCCUCUGAGAUACGGAUCCUCAACCCCUUCUUCAUACAAGAAGCUUCCUUCCAGUUUAUUGGCCUUCCACAGAACAAUGGCCUCAUGGGUAAAGGGAACAUUCCAACGUUGGGCACCGUCGCCAUAACGAUGGCUCUUCAUAACUGCGAUGAGGUCGCUGUGGCUGGAUUUGGCUAUGACAUGAACACCCCUCAUGCACCCUUGCACUACUACGAAACAGUCAAAAUGUCUGCCAUAAAAGAGUCAUGGACUCACAACAUCUCAAAGGAAAAGGAGUUUCUUCGCAAGUUGGUGAAGGCCAACAUCAUCACAGACUUAACCAAUGGGAUUUGAACCUCCCAAGGUGGGUGCCUUCCUUGGAGGACUUGAAAGCACAGAGUCCUGGGAAACCCUGGACCAGACAACACUGAAGAGCGUAAUUUCCGAGGUGGGAGCGAUUGCUCAGUUAAGAUGCACACGUGCCUUCUUGCCGACAGGCUUCCUCUGAGCGGAACGUUGAAGGGUUCUUCAAUAUCUCAGAAGUCAAUCCUUGUUGGAGUACAGAUAGAAGCUAACAGAGACUUUGAGGGGACCAACACAAUGUGCUUGAGGAGCAGGUCGAAACAUUAACUGAUUGUGCCAAAUGUACCUCUAACGGAGGAGACGCCCCUCCUCUCCUGCCUGAAUGUAUUAACGGUGUAAAUAUCAAAGAUUUU